AGCGAGGAGAACACAGAGCCCCGCCCGUCACGCAGUCCUCUCCUUGCCUCGCUUCACUGAACACUACGACGUCAGGUGGCCUCUCCGCCCUAGCCCGCCACCAUGCCGAUCCUCAAGUUCGUCAUGUCGGACACCCUGGUCAGCGACAAGAGCGGCUGUUGCAAGCGUGUGGCGCGGGUUCUCUUCUCCCACAUCGGACUGCUGGUUCUGGUGGCUCUCUACGCCGUGCUGGGGGCGUACCUCUUCAUCGCUGUGGAGGAGGGACACGAGGAGAAACUGAGGCAGAACAAGAAACGCGUCUCCCUUGACCUCAUCGACGCCAAGAAUUACAUCGUGAAUCUGCUGGUGUAUAACAGGGACAAGAACAUCACCAAGACCAAAUAUAUCGACAUGGUGAUGGAGAAGCUGGAUUUGUUUCAUGAUUUCGUGGUGGACAAAGCCUCAGAUCCCGACAUCAAUUACGACGGGGAUGAGAACUCGUGGGACACCGCCUGGACCUUUCCCAAGUCCCUACUGUUCACCGUCACCACCAUGGGAUCCAUCGGUUACGGCCACAUUGCACCCAAGACCACCGCGGGCCGCCAGAUCACCAUCCUGUACAGUGUGGUGGGCAUCCCUCUGCUCCUUGUCUUCCUGGCCAACAUCGGUGACUUUCUGGCCAAAUCUUUCAAAUACAUUUACAGCCGCUGCUGCUGCCGCUGGUGCAGGGUUCGCCGCAAGCUGUCUGAACUACGCAAGGGCAACAAACUGCCGAAACGCGCUGUGAAUAAGGAGACUGUUGGUCGCGAGAAGUUCAUGCCUUCCACCAAAAUGAAUGUGCCCAUCACUGUGAACAUGUGCGUGAUAGCGGCGUACCUCAUGAUGGGAGGCGCUCUUUUCAGCUGGUGGGAAAACUGGGAUUCAAUCACAGCCAUCUACUUCUCCUUCAUUACUCUCACCACCAUUGGCUUCGGGGAUUAUGUUCCUGGCAAAUCCUUCCUUGCCCUCCACGGCAGCGCCUCGGCAACUCUCAAAAUGCUUGUCACCGUGUUCUACUGUCUCUUCGGGAUGGCUCUGGUGUCUAUGUGUAUCAGCUUGAUGCAGGAGCAGCUGGUACAAAAGACACGCUGGCUCCUCACCGAGAUAGGCAUCAUGGAGGAAGACAUUGAUCCCAUGCAGAAGUACAAGUACAAGAAGAGUCAGAAAGGCACAGUGCUGGAGACCCACAAGGACAGAGACGGUAACAAGCGGCUGAGACUCCUUAGCGUGGACGAGGGAGAGUCCUCGGCAUUCCGCCCUCCCGUUUCCAUUGAUAUCAAGGAUGAAAAUGAAAGGUAGAUAAGAAAACACAGUAUGGUCACACUGCUUGUGAGGCAAAACGGGAAAUCAGUUACCAGCAGUCAUUCAAUUGUAAUUAUAAUGUAACAAGAAAUUAUGUAAUCAUGUUCAUCACUUUUUCGAGAAUGAAUGCCGUCUGAUAUAAAGCCUUAUCUAACCUUAUUGUUAGUAUUAGUUACAUUAUUAUUAUUAUUAUUAUUAUUAUUAUUGCUAUCAUUACUAUUAUUAUGAUUAUUAUCAUUAAUAUAGAAAUUACAUCAGAUACUGUUAGAAUACCUAAGCUAGUAUUCAUAGUGAUGAGUCAUUCUUCUAAAAUUACCUUUCUUGUAACUUUUCGAAUAGAUACACAAAAUUGUAUCAAUAAAAAUUGUGUUGAUAGAAUUUGCAGAAGAGAAUUAUCUGAUUUUUUUUCUUUUUUCCAAACACAAUGUUUGCCAGACAUGGACAUGUAUAACAGUAAUGAAUAAACCGAGGUCUUAUUGCUAUAGGAAUGCUAUGAAAAAAAAGGAGAGAGAGAGAGAGAGAGAGAGAGAGAGCCAAAACAUUUUAUGUAAACAAUGAGAAGUAGAGCAAGUAAAGUAAUGCAAUUUAGACCCAUUACUUGCAACUAAGUCAAUAAAAUAAAAUAAAAUUAAAUAAAUAAAUAAAUAUAUGGAUUUACUUGAAAAAACAGGGGGAAAAUUAAGGUCUUUCAGGAAGCAAGAGAUUGACUCUCUUAAGACACCCAGGAGUAAAGGGAAUUAGACACUAGUGUAGAUAUCAUGAUGACUGUGAGGCAACAGACUGGGGUAAAUCACCUUUGUUCCAUGUCAGCCCAAAUGUACAUAUAGGCAUUGGGCACUGGGAGAGUGUGUCCCUGUUCACCUCAAGACUGGGAUGGAUCUGUGUUGAGUAGCUGUGGCCUUGUUUUCCACAUGAGAGAGAGAGAGAGAGAGAGAGAACUUUCACCACAAUGUUUUUCUUCAAUAUUUCCACUUCAUCCACUCUCCUAUUCCACACUUCACAAUAUGCAAAUUAUUGCCCUCUAAUCUAUUCUCAAACAAAUUUCUUAUUGAUUGCACCAUUCACAUCUUUGCAUUUUCCAUAAUUUUCCCCAAUUGGUCUCUUAUUGAUAAAUAUAAAAACAACAUGCUCAAAUUACAAAAUUUAAUUAGUUGUGUGGUGCACAGGCACAACCCGUGUCAACACCAGUUGUACAAUACAUUCUGUACUAAGCUACCAGUAGAUUUGUACAACACACUACCAUACAAUAAUAAUGAAAGUAGCAACUGCUUUCCAUUAUUCAUGGUGUGCAUUUUGUUAGAUGUAAUGUAAUGAAUAGACAAAACAACCUGAAAUUAUGAAAUAAAAUGUGCUUUAAUGAAAUGGAAUGAUAAAAGCUUAUGUGGAAUGGAUGAAUGAAAGAAUAGGAUGGAUAAUGCUUCUAUUUAUAUAAGAGGCCUGCAUCCUCUCUGGAGAGGGGAAGGGACAGCUGAGACAAGGCAAUCACAACCACAAACAUACUCACAAUCACACCCACAAGCAUACCUUCACAACUUUACCUCUUGGCUAGUUGAAGGAAGAUAAAAAGUGUGUGUGUGUGUGUGUGUGUGUGUGUGUGUGUGUGUGUGUGUGUGUGUGUGUGUGUGUGUGU